CGACCCAAAUCGCCAUCGCCUCUCGUCUGGGUAGGGUUCUUCGGUUCUGCUUCCGGGAGAAAGGAGAAGGAUUCAUGGCGGGGAAUGGGUUGAAGUGGGACGGAUUGCUCAAGUGGAGCCUCUCCCACGCCGAUGGGACUCGCGCUGCUCGGAUAUUGAGAUAUUGCGUCGGACCCUUUGCUUACGGUUGGUCGUUCUUCUUCCAGUUGAUUGAGAUUUGCAGGGUUGGGAUCGAAGUUCCCAUUUUCAGAGGUCAAUGAGGAGGAUAGGAAAUGGCUCGUGGAAGCGAUGCAAGCUGAUGAAGGAGGAUGUUCUGGAGCUGCAAGGGAUCGAGUCGCCGGAUGUAGUAGGUUGUAACUGUAAAUGUCAUCCAGUUUCAUAUUCUCAUUGGUGUAUUGAUUUCUUGCAACAUCUUUUUAACCCUAAAGAAAUGUUGGAUGAGCUUGGAGAGCAUGUUGAGUCUAUUGAUAUGACAAAUGACUUGCACUUAAUCGGCGGCUUAGUCCCUCUGCUUGGUUACCUGAAAACCUCUGAUGCUGGUAUUGGAGCAAAGGAUGCAGAUGUUGUAACUACCAUUGUUCAGAACAAUCCUCGAAGUCGGCAACUUGUAAUGGAACCUCUCCUGUCAAAUUUUACAUCACAUCCUGAUUUAACAGUUCACACAGAAGCUCUUGGUGUGAUAUCCUCUUUGAUUCAGAAUAACCAGGCAGGAAUUGCUGCAUUCGAUCUAGUGAAUGGUUAUGCGGUGCUCGGAGAUGCAUUGUGUUCAGAGAGAGUUAUGGUCUCUUUUCUGAAUCUCUCAUCUGUUGUCUUGCCUGCUAGAGUAAUGUUGCGUUGAUGAUCAUUAAGAGUUUUGACAUUUCAACCUCGCUUUGCUAUGGUCCAACCGUGAUUGCUAGUCCAACUCUUCUAUGAUUAAUUACAAUGCUGGGUGUGUGUCGAUGACAUCUUUGUGCUCUAUUAACCUUCAAGUGAUGAGCCUUUUUUGCCUGUCAUCUUCCAGGAGGGUGCUUAACUUGGUGCAAUCCCUGCUGCUUCAGGAGAACAAUUCAGAUUGCAGCAUUGUGGUUUCCUCGGCUCAUGUGCGAGAAGCAGCUGUAGGGUGUCAUCUAGAGUUUGCUGGGGACAGGACGUCCGGUGGCAGCACUGUUGUAGCCGAAGAAGACAAACUGAAGGAAGUCCUUCAGCGACGUAUCGAGGGUAUCAGUGGCUGAAGAUCUCGGAGCUGCCGGGGAGGAGCGGCAACUCGUGGGCUCCUUAUGGAGCUCACGUUACGGACCAACCAUCAUCGCUCCCAGAGAAGGGAUCUUAUGGUGCUUCCAGGGGUGUAGGCCUGAUGUGGCUGGCAGGCAAAAUCUUCCAGCUGCUGUUUCGUGCAUGGCCAGCAAAGCAGCAACAAACGGGGGGAUCAAGAUCCGGUGACGAUGGAAAGAAAGAAAGAAAGCAAGUCCGCUGCUGCGAACGAGAGUAGCAUUGUAUUCCAGCCACGAGUCAGGUGAUGAAAGGGUCAGUCACGAUCCCGUGAAAGAGAGUAGCAAUGUAUUUUAACGAUGCUAUCUCAAUGGAGAUAGCCCAUCAACAUAUUUACGGAGAUUCUUUGAACACGAAGUUUUCCUGAUG